CCUGGCAGAACACUCAAUGUCGGAACGUUCCGAAGAUGACGUCGGAGCGUUCUCGAAUCCCGUGUCUCUCGGCUGCUGCUGCCGAAGGAACAGGGAAAAAGCAACAAGAAGGAACAGCAAUGGCGACACUGCAUCGCAAAGUGCCCAGUCCGGAGGCGUUUCUGGGCAAACCCUGGUCCUCCUGGAUCGACGCUGCCAAAUUACACUGCGCCGACAAUGUAGAUUUAGAAGAGGCUGGAAAAGAGGGUGGCAAAAGCAGGGAGGUUAUGAGGCUUAAUAAAGAAGAUAUGCACUUAUUUGGCCAUUAUCCAGCACAUGAUGACUUCUAUCUCGUAGUGUGCAGUGCCUGUAAUCAGGUCGUCAAGCCACAGGUUUUCCAGUCACACUGCGAGAGAAGACAUGGUUCAAUGUGCAGGCCUUCUCCCUCUCCAGCAUCUCCAGCCUCCAACCCCCGGACAUCACUAACACAGGCAAAGACGAAAGCCUGUCUCAGCGGCCAUAACGCUGCCAGCAGCACCUCAAAGCCAUUCAAAACGCCCAAAGACAAUCUUCUUACCUCCAGCAGCAAACAGCACACGGUCUUCUCUGCAAAAGGACCAAGGGAUAAACCAUGCGUUCCAGUUCCUGUAGUCAGUUUAGAGAAAAUUCCUAACCUAGUGAAGGCAGAUGGUGCCAAUGUCAAAAUGAACUCUACAACCACUACUGCAGCUUCCUCCUCCUCCUCCUCUUCCUCCUCCUCCUCUGCUGUCUCCACCCCACCUUUAAUUAAGCCCACCUUGAUAUCCAAGUCAGUGCCACCUUCACCAGAGAAGAUCUUAAAUGGCAAAGGGAUUCUGUCAGCUACCAUAGACAAGAAACACCAAAAUGGCACCAAAAACAGCAACAAGCCUUACCGGAGACUUUCAGAGAGAGAAUUUGACCCAAAUAAACACUGUGGAGUAUUGGAUCUCGAGACAAAGAAACCUUGCACAAGAUCCCUCACCUGCAAGACACACUCGCUAAGCCAUCGGAGGGCAGUCCCAGGCCGGAAAAAGCAAUUUGACCUCCUCCUGGCGGAACACAAAGCCAAGUCGCGGGAGAAAGAAGUAAAAGAGCACCUUCUGACUUCCCCAAGGGAAGUACUUCCAAACCCACCCGGACCGGCGCUGGACGCUCUGCAGGCAUCUUGCGGGAGCAACGGGGCAGAGCCGAAAGUAGCAUCCCCGGCAAAAUCCAGGCCACUCAAUUCUGUACUUCCCAGACCAUCAUCUGCAAAUAGCAUAAGCAGCAGUACAUCUUCAAAUCACAGCGGCUACACUCCAGAGCCCCCUCUGCCCCCAGCUGGUGUUGACUUGGCCAGCCGACUGUCCAGUGAUGAAGGGGAGAUGGACGGAGCCGACGAAUCUGAGAAGUUAGACUGUCAGUUCUCCACGCACCACCCCAGACCUCUUGCGUUUUGUUCUUUCGGGAGUCGCCUCAUGGGACGAGGGUACUAUGUGUUUGAUAGAAGAUGGGAUCGUUUUCGGUUCGCACUAAACUCCAUGGUAGAAAAACACUUGAAUUCACAGAUGUGGAAGCACAGAAGCCCGAGCCACAGGGCAUCAGGUCCCUCCCCCCUGUUCAGGACUUGCCUAACCAAUCUGCUGUCACUGAGCAACAUUGGGGCUGCCUGGGUGUCAACUCUGGAGAGCGUAGCACCCCGCUGCCCUCUCAGCCUCGCUGCCCAAACCCCAGGCCCUGACGGGCUGGAACCUGGAGGGAUGGCAGCCGAUGGGGGCAUGGAAGACAUUAGGAAGAAAAGGAACGGUCAAGACUCUUUUUUCUUUAACAAGCAUUUAACUCUGCAUCAGGAGACGCCAACACAGUAUUCUCUUUCAGCCAGGAAGAUCCCUCCUGCGGCAGAUAGCCCCAUGCCCUCGCCAGCCGCCCACAUCACCACCCCUGUUCCAGCAUCCGUUUUGCAGCCUUUCAGCAACCCCAGUGCUGUGUAUCUUCCUUCAGCUCCCAUCAGCUCGAGACUCACCUCUUCUUACAUAAUGACAUCAGCCAUGCUCUCAGACGCAGCUUUUGUGGCAUCGCCGGACCCGCGCGUCCUCAUGUCCCACACCACAGCUUUCCCCCAUGUGGCCGCAACCCUCAGCAUCAUGGAUUCAACCUUCAAGGCCCCAUCCGCCGUGUCCCCGAUACCAGCUGUCAUCCCUUCCCCAUCCCACAAGCCAUCCAAAACCAAAACCAGCAAAUCCUCAAAAGUCAAAGACCUGUCAGCCCGUAGCGACGAGUCUCCAAGUAACAAAAAGAGGAAGCCUCAGUCUUCGACUUCCUCCUCCUCUUCCUCCUUAUCCUUGCAGACUUCCCUCUCGUCUCCAUUAUCAGGGCCCCACAAAAAGAACUGCGUUUUGAAUGCCAGUUCCUCUUUGAACUCCUAUCAGGCAGCCCCUCCCUAUAACAGUCUGUCUGUGCACAACUCAAACAAUGGGGUGAGCCCACUCAGUGCCAAGCUGGAGCCCUCAGGACGGACCUCCCUGCCCGGCGGCCCCGCGGACCUAGUGAGACAGGUGGGCGCGGUGGGCGGCAGCAGUGGCCCCUGUUCCCUCUCUGUGCCCUCCCUUGCGCUCCACGCAGGGGACCUCUCUCUGGCCUCACACAAUGCUGUGUCUUCUCUGCCCCUCUCUUUUGACAAAUCAGAAGGAAAAAAGCGUAAGAAUUCAAGUCCUAGUAGCAAAGCCUGUAAGAUCACUAAAAUGCCUGGUAUGAAUAGCGUUCACAAAAAGAACCCGCCCGGCCUUCUUGCACCGGUGCCGGAUCCCGUUAACAGCACCUCCUCUCGGCAGGUUGGGAAAAAUAGCAGCCUAGCUUUGUCACAAUCCAAUCCUUCAAGCAUAUCCAGCCCAGGACACAGCCGACAGAAGAAUGCAAGCAGAAUGGGCAGGAUAAGAACUCUUCCCUAACAAGAUGGUGAAGCCACUUCCAAACCAGUCCUGCUGUGAUCCUCCUAGGAGACUAAGGCUGGAGAAGGGAGGGGCUGGCCUGUGGGGAGAGUGUUUCCUGGACACUGCCUGUGGCUCUGGCCUCCUCUUCCUCCUUCUAAGACCAAUUUUUAGUUUUUAAGAAAAGCAAAAGAACCUUAAUUUGAGAUUUACAGAAAACAGUUCCAGUGUUUUCUUUCUAUUUUUCAUUUGUCAUGUCUUAUACAUUCUUCCAAAUUUGGGGUCACUCCCCUAGCUCCCGUUGCUGCUAGCACACCAUCAUUUUGCUCCAGCCCUGACAGUAGAUGUCACAGAAUGUCAGUUCUGGGUUGUCACUUGUGGAAUUUCUUGAACUUUAGCACUUGCAGAGCUCUUUCCCUUCUUCACUCUCCUAUCCCAUCCUUUCUAUCCCACCUGCCACUCAUUGGGCCCUAUUGGCCAUCAAAAAUCGUUGGCUUCCCUGAACAGCAUGGGGGCGGGGGCUUGUUGGAGAACAGCCUGUGUUCAGAGGUGGGAGGGGAUUCAAUUGGAUUCUGCAGCCCUGUGUGGCUACAACCAAAUGCCUGGAGCCAAAAUGAGGACAAUAGCCUGUUAAUGAUAUGGUUUACUCAAUGCCAAGGUCCUUCUGUGCAACUCAGAAAAGAUAUACCAAGUCAGGGAAAAGAGCAGAGGAGGCCUGAGAGGUUGUCAGAAAACAGAACAUGGACAGAAGACGGUAGGUAGGAGCCAGGUGACUGUGAUAAUUGGAGCUUGUUAGGUGUCUACUCUGAUGAGUUCCUUCCAGGGCACAGUGUCCAAAUUCCUGAAGCUGAGCCAGCCAGAGACAAAAAGCCCAGAGAAAGCCCAUGAGAACCAAGAAAGCCAAUCCAUGAGGUAGCAUAGUGGCCAUAGCUGCUAAGAGUUCUCUAGUUACUAGGAAGGUUCUGGAGCCAGCAAGGGUCCUCCAGAGGAGAGUCUGCACAAAGGGUUAUAUGCCAAACCCCUCGUGAGAAUAAGUACUCUAGCAUGGAUUGCAUAUCACAUCCACAAAAGAGCUUGCACUCAGUUCUCAGAUGCUCCAAAUCAGAGAGCGACAGCCCUGAGAAGGAUGAGCCAUUUGGAAGGGAGGUGCUGGAGCACUGCACCUAUAAAGCUAUUUAUACUAGAGUUUUGAAGGAAACAGGUACCACUAAGUUCUAAUAGGGAAUCAGAAAGAAAAUUCACAGUAUAAAGCAGGCGUUCUGGGCUUGAAUCUGCCAGAGGCUCUGUAGAUCCUGAAAUCAGAAGCAAAUGCUAGUUUUCAGCAUACCCCCCCUUCCCUCCCCAAAGUUUUCCUUUGCAUUCCCUCUCUCCCAACCCAAAGAUCAGACUACUGUUAAGUUUCACCACAGGAUUUGAAUCUGCAGAGACGGAGGACAAAAAUGACUUCCGUCAAUGGAAUUGCACUGACAGUGUUUCUUACAAGACUUCUAAACUUUUAAUAUAAAAUGAAGAUUUUUUUUUUUUAAAUCAGGAGUUGAUAUUAAGUACGAGGACAUUAGUUGGGAUUGUUUCACUUUUCUUUCUACAGUGUUAAAAGUGCACUUAUAUGCCGGUUUAUUUACAUCUUGGGAAAAAAAAGACUGCAAAUUGAAGGGACGAUUGUUACUUUUUGUUUUUUUUUUUUUGUUUUUUGUUUUUAAAGGUUAAGGCAGAUUUUAAGACUUAUAAAUGUUUAAAAAAUUAUAAACAAGGUUAGAUCCUUUGAAAAAAAAGUUUAGAAAAUAUUCUUAAAGUAAAUUUUUAUAGUGUUAAUUUUGUAAUAAUUUAUGUUUUACUAUAUUACAGAGCUAACUGACCAGAAUAGUUUCAGAAACAAUAUGAAACUUAGGAAAGUUUAAGCAAUGUUUAUAUUUUUAAAAUGUUCUUUGAAUUAUGUUUUUAUUGUACAU